CAAUGCAUUUCCUAGUUAAGAGCCAGCCAUCCAGGAACUUCUGCAAAAAGCGUGGUGCAUCUCUCAAGACUGCCAUCUGUACAACGGUUGGUCGUCUCUCCAUUCCUAACCGAAGUGGCUUCCUUAUCUUUUCGCCCGCUCUACCAGCCUUCUCCUGUAAUAAAAGAAAAUGGGACUUAUGGAUGCCUUGAGACUUGGCUUUGUGGAAAUGAAUGUUCCAGUAGCAACGGUGACCCUCCUGGUGAUCCUCUUGGUUCUACUUUAUCGGUGCUCCACCUCUGGGUUCUCCAGGCUGGAGAAAGUGGCCAUCCGCCACCCUCCAACUUUGCCUUUCAUUGGAAACCUGCUAUUCUUCCGCAAGGGCUUUUGGGAAAACCACAACAAACUGAUAAAUGAAUAUGGACCUGCUUGUGGGUAUUAUAUUGGUCGUCGAAUGUACGUUGUGGUAUCGGAGCCAGAUAUGAUCAAACAUAUCUUAGAGGAUGACUUCAGAAACUUUAGUAACAGAAUGACUCCAGAUUUGGCUUCUAAACCAUUUGCAGACAGUAUUCUCAUCCUGCGUGAUGAGAGAUGGAAAGAUGUCCGAAGCAUGUUGACCCCAGCCUUCAGCGCUGGAAAGAUAAAAGAGAUGACUCCACUAAUCAACCAGGCAUGUGACAUCCUGCUGAGUAACUUAAAGGUCUAUGCAGAUUCUGGCACAGCUUUUGACAUCCAAAGGAAUUAUGGCUACUUCACUCUGGAUGUUGUUGCUAGUGUGGCUUUCGGUACCAAUGUAGACUCCCAGAAGAAUCCCAAUGACACUUUUGUUAAGAACACAAAAAGAUUCUUUGAACUUUCAUUAACUGGACCCAUCUUAAUCUUAGUUGUUGCAUUUCCACUCAUAAUGAUCCCCCUGCUUCGAAUUUUGCCAAAUAAGAAGCGAGAUGAGGUGAACGGAUUUUUUAUUAAUGCCGUUAAGAACAUGAUUGUUUUGAGAGACCAGCAAGACCCAAAUGAGAGACGCAGGGACUUCCUCCAAUUGAUGCUUGAUGCCCGAAGCUCUGCUAAUGACAAUGUCCCAGAGCCUUUUGACGCAGUCGACCAAGGUGACUCUUGCACCCCGGAAAGCCAGACAGCUGCCAGCCAAGCCCUACCUAAGCAGCAGCAAACAAUGUUGAGCGAUGAUGAGAUAGCUGGCCAAGCCUCCUUGUUCCUGAUUGCUGGCUACGAAACCACCAAUAGCACCCUCUCCUUUGCCACUUACCUGUUAGCCAUCAAUCCUGAGUGCCAGGAAAAGCUGCUCCGAGAGAUAGAUGAAUUCUUUUCCAAGCAUGAUGUUCCUGACUACCAAAACAUACAUGAACUCCGCUACCUGGAUAUGGUGAUAGCAGAGACACUACGCAUGUAUCCGCCUGCAUUCAGGUUCACCCGGGAAGCAGCAAAAGACUGUGUAGUGUUGAAACAACAUAUACCUAGUGGUACUAUCAUGGAAAUUGCUGUUGGGCACCUCCAUUACAAUCCAAAGAUCUGGCCAGAACCAGAGAAGUUUAUUCCUGAGAGGUUUACAGUGGAGGCCAAGAAGCAGCGCCACCCCUUCUCUUAUCUCCCGUUUGGGGCAGGCCCUCGCGGCUGCAUUGGUGUGGAGCUGGCUUUGAUGGGAGUAAAGAUCACAUUAAUAAGGAUUUUGCAGAAGUUCAUGUUCAAAAGCUGCCCGGAGACCCAGAUUCCUUUGAAGCUGAAAUCUCAAAGCACACUAGGACCACAAAAAGGUGUCUACAUCAAGUUGCUUCCUCGAUAGAGCAGAAUCACCACACUGUGUGCCUUCUAAGGAGAAGAUGUUCUGUGAUGUAUUACUACUAUGCUGAAAACAUGCUGGUCUAGGAUUUCUCUUUCUACAUGUAACCUGCCUUGAAAAAAAUAGAGGUUUUAGGGAGCAGAUAUAUUGGAACAUGCUGUUCUCAAAAUCUGGCUGUCCCAGGAACAUUAGUGUGUUUUAAGGUUUAAAACAAUACAAUCUCUGCCCGUGAGAGCCAAUUCAUAUAUGCAAAGAGUUCAUACCCUGACUUAUUGUCCUAGCCAAGAUGAAGCCAAAAUUUCUCAGUUCAAAAUGGGAAGCUCUAGCUUAAUACAAGCCAAGAUCUUUGUUCCCAGCUUCAAAACCAUGAUUUAUGAAUCUGGGAACAACCAUAGUUUCUGAAGCCUCAAAUGCUCAUCCAAAUCGAACCGUUGAGAUUCAUUUGAGCUCCGAUUAGCUUCUAGGGUUACUUAUUCCUCAAGUGUCUGAAUCGGCUGUAGAGAAAACUGUAUAAAAACUGUCCAAACCAUUGGAUAUUGACAUCUGCUCCUUUAGUUUUGGGUCAACAACACAGACUCAAGUCUAUUUGAACAAUCCCAUGACCCCUGGCAUAUUUGAGUAACUUUUCCCAAAUUAACCUGAAAUUCUAUACAUCCUUAUCUAUAAGCAAGUCCCACUGAACUCAAUGGGACUGUCUCUGACCAUACUUCUAUAGUAUUCUGCUGUUUGUAUCAACAGAGUGAGACUUACUCUGUACAGGCUUAUGCUCCAUACUAAAAUAAGGGAGGAGGGAACCAAAGCUGAGUUCUUUGACAUGUAUAAAUGCUGUAAAUCAAGCACAUUUUCCAAAAUGUAGUUCCUGUCAACCAUGGAAAAGACUAUUCAGGAUCUUCAAGGCCCAAGCCUGUAGAGAUCUCCCCUGUUGUAUCUGAAAUUUCACCAUGUGUUUCCUAAAAAUGUUCAAGUUUAUCUUUGUACACUUACUUUCUUAUAUCUUAGGGUGCUUGUGGCAAUACCCAACUUUUUGUUCCUUAGGUAGCGCAUGGCUUGAGAAGGGUGUGCUAGGCAAGGCCUUCUGUAUGAGAUCGGUGCUGUCACAGUGCUAAAUUCUGCAACUCUAGCUCUAUUUCUGCAGUGGAGUCUGGGACCAAAAGGAGAGGGAAAACCUCAGGUAUUUCAUAAAGUGUAUGGAAAUCUUGGUGCAUUUUGAAACCAAUCGUCUUCUGGGGUCAAAAAGAAACCUUGAUCAACUAAUAGCAGCUGCAAGAACAAAGAGCAUUCUCAAAGUGAAUUGAUUUAGCUGUUGCUUUUAGAACAAGAUAAAUCAUGCAUUUUGCUUUGAAAAUAUUUUUUUUAAAAAAUAGUAUCUCAGGCAUAUUACGAGUCAUUUUUUUCAUUUCUGCACCACAAUCGGAGCCUUUUCCUGUCCUUUUGGUUAUUCAGCUUUGGGGUGGGGUGCGGUUCCUUUUCCUCUUCUGUCACUCCCAGAUCACAUCCAGCCUAGCUUUCGGAGAUCUUCAGCCCAAAAGUGGCUGGCUAUCUUGAGCAUCUGUGUAUAAAAUUCUGCCCUACAGAAAUUCUGCCCUCCCCCUCCUAAGCCAGGUUACCUUCAACCCCCUGCAGGAACUUUCACUGCCUUUGCCUCUCUGAUGCUGGAGCUCUAGUGUCAAUAGAGGCACAAGAUAGUGGUGGUGGUGGUGGGGAUGUCGUGGACAGACAUGUCCCCAACAUGUAAUGUAAUAGUUCCAAUGGGAGGGAAAUCAUAAAACCCCCAAAAUGGAACAGGAAGGAAAGUGCCAGUUCUCCUUCCCUUCCGCCAUAAGCCUGUAAUGGCUCCCUCCACCUUAGGAUCCUCCUGCCUCACUGUUAGGAUUGCUCUGUAAAGAGCUUAGACCAGCAGGUAUAGAAACUUAAAUGAGUCUUUUAAAACCAAGGCAUCAAAAGGGCACUUGA